AUGCGGCCGAAAUUGGACAAGGGCCGCGCGGAGACAUGUGAAGCCUGCGCGGUGGGUCGCUGUGUCGCGGACGUGGCGCAGCGGGAGGCGUGGACAGCCGUCCAGGCGGCGUUGGCGCGGCGUGUCUGUGUCCCACGCACACAUGGGAUGGUGGAGCAGUAUUCCACGAGCACGGAGGGGGGAAUCUCAUCGCUGCCCUCCUUUUUGCUCCCGUCAGAGAUUCUUCGGGACUUUGCAGCGACGGUGCUUGGCCCGUUGCUACGACGUGACGCUGAGCACCAGAUGACUCUUGCGCCGCCGCACUCUCUUCCACUGCUGCAGUACGUCGGUGGAGUGGACAUUUCCUUCGUCAAGGAUAGCAACCUCGCGGUGGCGUGCCUCGUCGUGCUGAAAUACCCAUCCAUGGAGCGGUGUCAUACCAUUCUGCAUAACUGCGAAGUUACGGAACCGUACAUUCCUGGGUUUCUUGCCUUCCGCGAAGUUCCGCCACUUGUGGAGUUAUGGAACAAGGCACAGCCGGAGCUGCGUGACGCAGCGUGUGUUCCACAACUGUUGUUCGUCGAUGGCUGCGGCGUCCACCACCCACUUCGCUGCGGGCUCGCCAGCCACUUGGGUGUCUUGCUAGAUGUUCCCUCUGUUGGCUGUGCAAAGAACUUUUUGGCGGUGGACGGCGUGACGCGAGAGGCGAUGAACGCCCUCUUUGCUGUGGAGUUGCAGAGUGAUGAAGGCGCAGAAGAUAAGCCGUGCAUAAAGCCGAUCAUUGGGAAAAGUGGCAUGAUGUGGGGAUACGCAGCUACACCAAACCGUAAAGUCAAAAAGCCUAUCUUCAUCUCCCCCGGACAUCGCAUCGGCUACGCGGAGGCCGCUGCGUUGGUGCUCUCAACGUGCAAACACCGCGUCCCUGAGCCCAUCCGAGCUGCAGAUUUAGUCUCACGUGAGUACAUUCGGCUGAUGGCACUCAACAAUGUCAAGGAGAGGGAAGCUGUGUGA